AUGUUUGUCAUGCACAUUAUCCUCGCAGUCCUGGCUUAUUGCCCUAUCGUCGCCCUUGCGGCUCCCACCGCUUCAGCGAAAGCAGAGGGCGUGCAAUUCGCUCCGCCAAAGAACCUGGCCGACGAGAUCCCUCCAGCCAAGAAGCUGUACUCUGGCCCUUGGUCAAGCUUCCCGGCCAUGAACAAAUGGAUCGCCUUCGACACCAUGUUCAAUGCAAACACGCCGUCCAUGUUCGCCUCUGGGAGCACCCAGCAAGAUGUGGACCGCAUCCGCGUCGCCAUCACCAGCGUCGGCAAGACCUACGGCAUUGACCGUCGCGUGCUGCUCGGAAUGAUGAUGGAGGAGAGCCAUGGUGGUGUUGGCGCGGUGACAACAUUUGACGCGGACGGUGUGCCCACCGGCGGCCUAAUGCAGGCAAGCAGCUGCCAUGGCUAUGACGGCCAGAAGAACCUCGCUCAGGCCGAAAUCACCUACAUGGUCGACUGCGGCACCCAGCACUUCAAGCUCAACCUCGGAAACUGGGGGAACCAGAACUCGGAGCAGACAAUCUACCCGGCCAUGCGCGAGUACAACUCGGGCAGCGUAAUCGCCUCGGAUCUCAGCACUGCUCCGAACGGGGCCGGAAACCCGGCCUAUGUUAGCGACGUCGCGCAGCGGCUCGUGGGCUGGGUCAACUGA